CUCAGCCUUUGCAAUAGUCGCUGACACGCUAUUCUUCCGCCUUUUCCCCCCUCCGCCAGUGACCUCAACGACCCAGAUGUGACUGUGACCUUCUUGGAUGAUCCAGGUCACGAGCUCUUCGUCCGGUCUAUCGACGAUCAGGAGGCAGUCGGCUUUGCCAAUCUCACCUUCUACUCUCUCAAGCAAGACGAGGAGCAACAAGCGGAGAGUACCUGUGCCGUCAGUCACAUGGCGCGCUAUGUGCCUGUGAUGAAUACGGAGAAUGUCCUGGACGAGAUCUUCUUGCAAUCCUACUUUGGCCAAGGCGCUAUCACUGGCGUCGCCAACAAUGCCGCCGCCAAGUGCCCACCCUACGAUCCUUCUAAAUUCACUCGCAAGCCCCUUUCUGCGCAAAAUUGGUGGGACCGCCAGAAGAGACUCGACUCAAAGGCUACGAAGAAGCUGGGGGACUCUCCUCUACAGCCGCGAGUACCCAAAGCUCCCCGUUGGGUCAAUUACGCAUGUUGUGGAGACAAGGAUGGCGAAGCUCCACUGCCCACGGCCAAAGAGCUGGGACCCAUCAACGUGCUUAACCUCGGUUUCCUUACAAUCAGGCGCCCCGAAGGGGAUCUUGAGAAGUUCUUUCAGCUCUCAGUAGCCAAACGCAGGCAGUACAUUCACUCCAUGCAUCUGGCCGGCAUCUCAGUCAUCAUGAGCACCUUUGGCGGCGACGACACCCCACCCGUGAUGAACCACUUUGAUCCUGUCGCGAUCGGCAAGCUCCACGGCGAGAUUGCCAAGGAGUCCGGCUUCGAUGGCAUCGACAUUGACUGGGAAGACAUCGAUGCUGCCAAUCUGCAAUCUCAUGCUGCCACUGGCUGGAUGGAAGCCUAUGUCAAUGCAGUGAGAUCGGAGAUUCCCGUCGGCAAGUAUGCCCUCACGGCGGCUCCCGUUGCCCCUUGGUUCACCACGAACACCGACACUUACUGCUCUGGCAUGUAUCGGACCAUCGAUCGGAAAGUCGGACAUCUGCACGAUUGGUACAACAUUCAAUUCUACAAUCAAGGACGAGGCACAUACAGUACCUGCGCAGACAUUUUGACAAAGAGCGACGUAGGCGAAGACUACGUGCAUAGCUCCGUCUUUGAGAUCCAUGAGAAAGGCGGCGUAGACCUGCAGAAGCUGGUGAUUGGCAAACCCACCGAAGGCCGAGCCGCUAGCGGGCACAUCCCAGCUUCCCUGAUCGCAAAGUGCGUAGUGCAAGCCAAGCACAAGGGGUGGAAGGCGGGGGUGAUGACCUGGCAGUGGCCUGACUCUGAUGCGCAGUGGUGGAAGACGAUCCGUGGCAAGGCCUUUGCCGCAAGGGAGAAGAAGGAGUAAGGGGGCCUCUCGCUGAUUGCCGAUGCCAUCGAGGCAGCAGCCGUACGCUGCCUAUGGUCGCCCGAGCCGAAUGGCAGCCCAUAUACCAACAGCAAGUACUAUUUCAGCCAGCUGCAGGCCUAUGAGCCUGAUCUCAUCGUGGUGGCCCAGGCGGUCAAUCACGAUCCACAUUCGUUUCUCGGACCAUAGACUAUUACCCAGAUCAUGUCAAUGUCUGUCUUGUUCCUGUCCAUGUACGUACUACUAACGAGUAAACAAGACCUUGCCUCGC